GAGUUGUGGCACUUAACUGUCAUGGCGGUAGGCUGUAUCCGCGUGUAGAUUUUAGGUCAUUUGGGUGUAUAUUAGUCAAAGUGGGUUUGAUAUAGAGUUUUUUAUAUUUUAUUUCUUAAAUAAUUUAUUUUGUAAUUAUGUACAACUGGUGUUAGUCACACCUUCAGAAAUGCUGCGGCAGGCGACGCGGCUGUGCACUCACUUUCCUGUGAGGUCGUGCACAAGAUCAUAUCUUUCAGAAAGAAAGAAGUUUUAUCAGGAUGUCAGCAUUAGUCAAGGUGAAGGUGGCUUAUUUGAGGUCAGUCUGGAUCGUAGGAAGCUGAAGACACCUGGGGGCAAAUUGUUUGCAGUAGCAAGUGAGCCUUUGGCAAUAGCUGUUGCAACAGAAUGGGACAGCCAGAAGGACACUUUGAAGUUUUACACAAUGCAUCUGACCACAUUGUGCAACACUGCAAUUGAUAACCCAACACAGAGAAACAAAGAGCAGAUCAUCACAGCUGCCCUCAAGUACCUGGAAACAGACACUGUCUGUUACAGGGUAGAGGAGCCCCAAGGCCUGGUAGAAUUACAGAAAAAUGAAUGGGAUCCAGUUAUACAAUGGAUCGAAAAAAGAUAUGAUGUUGAGAUUGGUUCCUCGUCUAGCAUUGCAGGCCCUACCAUUCCACAGAGGACAAGGGACACAUUUAGCCAACAUCUGGCAUCGUAUGGUUUCUGGGCUUUAACAGGUUUGGAGUUCGUCAUAACACAGCUGAAAUCGGUUGUCCUUCCCUUCGCAUUGAUUGACAGACACCUGACUGUUGAAAAGGCUGUCCUGCUGUCCCGGCUAGAGGAAGAGUAUCAGAUCCAGCGCUGGGGCAGCGUGGAGUGGGCACAUGAUUACGAUUGUCAGGAGUUACGCUCACGAACUGCAGCUGGGACCCUUUUUGUUCACUUGUGUUCAGAAGCAUCAACCAUCAAACGAAAACUGCUGCAAGGGUGACAGGCCAAAUCAACCUGAGACCUGGCAGCUAGAGCUUGGGACUCAUUGUGAGGCAGUCUUAAAUGUGAGUGUGCUGUUACACCCCACCUCACUCCUUUUUCCACUGCCGUGAUCUGUGCUUGUGUUGGCAGAACUCUUCUCCUUGAUGGAAACAGAUUUUGCCUAUAAAUGUUUUAAAGUGGAACAAACCAGGCAUCUUAUAAAACAUACAACUGAUAUAUUUAAAAAAUAAAUUAAACAAGGAGAGU